AAAUGUGGUACUGCCACUACCUACCUGGCUCCUAGUGCAGAAUUUAUAUUUGGAUGGGUGGGAAAGGAGCAGUGGAAGAUAUCCAAAGUCCAGCACGUGAGAGUUCUUUUGUCUUGCAAUGCUGGAGGCAGCACAGUAGGAGAAGAUUAAACACACACAGAGAGAGACACACACCCAUGUGAGCGGAGCAAGAAUUGGGAAGAGGGUGUGUGCCUCUUGUGCCUGAGUGGGUGUCUCUUACAGGGAGAUCAGAUCUUGUUUACCUACCUGCAAAAUCACUUGUGGCUCAAGAGAGUUGCCAGUGUAUCUGUUGAGCUGGUGUACAUGGAGACUAUGUCCAGGAUUGCAACAAGGUCCAUCUUGAAGGCAAAAUGGGCAGCCAAACCUUUCUUUCUUCUGUGCCACACAAGAGGGUGCUAACAGUCACCUAGGAAAAAGCAUGUCAAGAAAUGCAGUAAAGGCUCUGCACAGACAGCAAGGAAGUGUUCCUUCUUCUACUAGAACAGGUCCCAUGACCUUUUGACAUCAGUAUGCAAUUAAAUUCAAUGACGUACAAUCAGAAGAAGUUGAAAAUUGACAUUUUUAGUUAAAUGUGGUGCAUAAGGGUAUAAUGGCUUAUAGAACUGAGUGGCACUGGAAGGUCUAAGAACCCUCAGAGUGGACAACAAUCCUGUUGGGCUUUCAUGCCAGCACAGAAGAUGGCAAGAAUAUCAUUCCAGAGUUCAAAGUGGGUUCUUCUCUGCUAUGACUAUUGAUUCUCUGUGAUUACUCUCUGGUAACCCAGAAUAGGAUGGGUGAUGGACUUGUGACGGGAGGUGCUAGUCUCCAUGGAGCCUCCUCUUCCUACCCAGUGGCUGCGGAAUUCCGCCAGGGUGAGACGGCUGCUGCAGACAUCCCAGAGUUCUGUGCUUCUCAAUUCCAGCCUAGACACCAAGACCAGAGAUGUGGCCUCUGAAUCGGUGGGCCUUUUCUUCAUGCUCUUGAUUGACUUGACAGCCAUAGUAGGCAAUGUAGCCAUUAUGACGGUCAUUAUCAAGACACCUGCCCUGAGGAAGUUUGUCUUUGUGUUCCACCUCUGUCUGGUGGACCUCCUGGCUGCUGUCACCCUGAUGCCUCUGGCAAUGCUGUCCAGCUCAGCCUUCUUUGACGGCACUGUACUGGGGGAUGCCAUAUGCCGCACCUACCUGUUCCUAAGUGUUUGCUUCAUUACUAUGUGCAUCCUCUCGAUCUCAGCCAUUAAUGUAGAACGCUACUAUUAUGUGGUGCAUCCCAUGCGCUAUGAGGUGAAAAUGACCAUAGGUCUGGUUGUCUGUGUCCUAGCUGGUGUCUGGAUUAAAGCAGUAGUCAUGUCCCUCAUCCCUAUCCUGGGAUGGCUUUCCCAAGACCAUGCUGGUAGUUCCCUGGCCUACAAUGGGCAAACCUGCACCUUGCAGUGGAGUCGGAAUGCCUACUGCAAGUUCUUUGUGGUUUUCUUUGUUAUUUUCUACUUCCUGCUGCCCAUCUCCAUUAUAUUGGUUGUCUAUUGCAGUAUGUUCAGAGUGGCCAGGGUAGCUGCCAUGCACCAUGGUCCACUCCCCACUUGGAUGGAUACUCCACGGCAGAGAUCAGAAUCCCUUAGCAGUAGAUCCACAAUGGUGACUAGCUCAGGGGCCCCACGGACUACCCCCCAGAGGACGUUUGGCGGUGGGAAAGCUGUCAUCAUCCUUCUUGCAGUGGGAGGACAAUUUCUCUUUUGCUGGUUGCCAUAUUUUUCCUUUCACCUUUAUUCUGUGCUGAGUUCCCAUUUCCCUGGCCGACAGGCAGAGAAUGUGGUGACUUGGAUUGGCUACUUUUCCUUCACCUCCAAUCCUUUCUUCUAUGGGUGCCUCAACCGACAGAUCAGAGGAGAACUCAGCAAGCACCUCAUGUGUUUUUUCAAGCAACCCCCAGAGGAGGACCUCAGGUUACCCAGCAGAGAAGGUUCCAUCGAAGAGAACUUCUUGCAAUUUCUUCAAGGGACUGGUUGUAAUGCUGAGGCUAGGAACACCUUCACCCACCCAAGCCCCCAAAGGGACCAAACAACCAUAGAUUUCCGAAUUCCAGGACAAAUUGCUGAAGAAACCUCUGAAUUCUUGGACCAGCACAUGAAUAAUGAGAUCACUGUCUCAGACAGCUACAUCAGGGCAGCACGUUCACCCAAGUCAGAGAAUCUGCAGUCUCAACUUUCUUAUGGCUGUUGCAUAGGAAACAUGUGGGUGGCUUAAUAGCACACCUAAGGAGCAGAGUUGUGCCUUCUUUGUUCACUAUUCCCCUCCCUUUGAACACCAGUAUUUCAUGUCUUCUGCAAUGGCUCCCAGUUUUGGAUCCCCAGAUGUUGUUGGCUUACACCUUCCAAAAUCCCUGACCAUUGGCUGAGCUGGCUAGGGCUUCUAGGAGCUGAAGUCUAAAUACUGUACUCUGAAGGCCCAAAGUUGGGGAUCAGUUUUUAACACUACACUUUUCCCCACAAAAUUCCACAGGGCAGCACAGAGGAGAGGGAAGUUUCAAAGUACUGCAACUAGAAAACUAGAUACUUUUUGUAAAGUUAUGCCAAUCUAUCAAUUUUCAGAAAUUCUUUUGAUUGACAAAAAUUAAAAUUAAAAUUUGGAACUGAGUAGGGAGAAAGUUAUGUGCAAAUGUAAGUCUGGUUCCACCCAGAUUUUUUUAGCCUUUUAGCUAAGAUAACUCUUGUGAAACAUGAAUGCUUUCUCUCCUUGGCCUUGAGGGGACCAACCUAUGGACAUGUCCUCCCUGUAGUGUGCCAGCAGAAAUCUUGCACAGAACUUACUCUCCUUCUGACAUACAUAUGAACUUUUUAAUGAAGUGACCUCACAUAAAAGAGGGAGAGGGAGGUUUUAAUGUAGGACAGUUGAAACC